AUGCUGGGUGACCACGGGGCUCUGCCUGCAGACCGAGCUCUGCACAGCCCGCCCCCCAAAACGGGGCUCAGCUGCAAAACGGUCCUCCAGGCUGUGGGCCGAGUGCUCAGGAAGUCCAAAGCGAAGCCGAACGGGAAGAAACCGGCCCCAGAGGAGAAGAAGGUCUACCUGGAGCCAGAGUACACCAGGUCCAGAAUCACCGACUUCGAGUUCAAGGAGCUGGUGGCGCUGCCCCGGGAGAUCGACCUCAACGAGUGGCUGGCCAGCAACACCACCACGUUCUUCCACCACAUUAACCUCCAGUACAGCACCAUCUCGGAGUUCUGCACCGGGGAGACCUGCCAGACCAUGGCCGCCUGCAACAUACAGUACUACUGGUAUGACGAGCGGGGUAAGAAGCUCAAAUGCACUGCUCCCCAGUACGUGGACUUCGUCAUGAGCUCCGUGCAGAAGCUGGUGACCGACGAGGACGUCUUCCCCACCAAGUACGGCCGCGAGUUCCCGCCGUCCUUUGAGGCGCUGGUGAGGAAGAUCUGCAGGUACCUGUUCCACGUGCUGGCCCACAUCUACUCGUCCCACUUCAAGGAGACGCUGGCGCUGCAGCUGCACGCGCACUUGAACACUCUGUACGCCCACUUCAUCCUUUUCGUCCGGGAGUUCAACCUGGUCGACUCCAAAGAGACCGCCGUCAUGGACGACCUCACGGGCGUGCUGUGCGGCGGCGCCAGUGGGGCCGGCAGCAACGGGGCCGGAGGGGCACAGAACCACGUGAAGGAGAGAUGA